UAACUUUAGAAAUUCUUAUCUUUUUGACAAAAAUAUACAUUUUUACCCUCCAAAAAUGAGUGCCUCACGUCGAUUGACUCGGGAGCUUGCUGAUCUGCUUGAGUCUGGCAAAAAGAAGACUUGGUGCAACAUUCAGGCCAGCGAUGAAUCCAUUAUGGUGUGGAAGAUCCUGUUGGUGCCAGAGCGUCCGCCCUAUAACAAGGGUGCCUUUCGCAUUGAGGUGAACUUCCCCGACGAGUAUCCCUUCCAGCCACCCAAGGUCAUAUUCAAAACGAAGAUCUAUCAUCCCAACAUCGACGAGAAGGGUCUGGUGUGCUUGCCCAUCAUUAACUCUGACAACUGGAAGCCCACAACGAGCACUGAGAAAAUUCUUGAGGCUCUUGUGGGCAUCUUGCAUGAACCAGAGCCAGAGCAUCCGCUGCGUGUCGAUCUGGCCGAGGAGUUUGUCACCGAUCACAAGAAGUUCAUGAAGACUGCAGAGGAGUUUACCAAAAAUAAUGCAGAGAAGCGUCCAGCAUAAGAGUCACCAGUCAAUGGGGGAAAAAUCGUAUUUGCUAAAUUAAAAUUGUCAAAAUUAUUUGCAUAAAACCAUAAACUAGAAAAUCCA